AUGGAUCCUAAAACCCUAGCGAUUAGCGAAGGCAAACCCUCCCUUCUCUCCCGCCGCCGCGACCAUGAGUUCGGCCAGGCCGUCGAAGAAGCGGAAGCAGCCCGUCGCCGCCCCUCCGGAGUCGGACUCCGAGGAGGAGGAGUCGGUCUACGACACUGCCUCCGACGAGGAGGAGGAGAUGAUGCAGCAGGAGGAGCAGGCGAGCGACGAGGGGGACGAGGAGGAGCAAGCGCUGGCGCAGGAACAGGAAGAGGGGGACGAGAGCGAGGAGGAGGUGAAGGAGGUGAAGGAAACAGGGAAGAAGAAGGAGAAGAAGAAGAAGGAGAAGAAGAAGAAGGAGAAGAAGAAGAAGGAGAAGAAGGGGAAGACGGAGAUGAAGGAGAAAGAAGAAAGGAAUGAGGAGGAGGGGGGAAAAGAGGAAAAGAAGAAGGAGAAGAAGAAGAAGAAGGGGGAGGGAAGUGGGAUUCUGACGAACAAGAUGUUCUCGGAGCUCCUUAUCUCCGAGCUCACUGCCAAGGCCAUCAGAGAGAUGAACUACACCCACCUCACCCAGAUUCAAGCUAGAUCGAUCCCGCCUCUGUUGGAAGGAAAGGAUGUGAUGGGCGCAGCCAAAACUGGCUCGGGGAAGACUCUUGCAUUCCUUAUACCAGCAAUUGAGCUGCUCUAUCAAACGCGUUUCUUGCCAAGGAAUGGGACUGGAGUUAUCGUGGUUUGCCCAACAAGGGAGCUUGCUAUCCAGACACACAAUGUUGCCAAGGAGUUAAUGAAGUAUCACUCGCAAACUGUUGGAUAUGUAAUUGGCGGUAAUAACCGGAGAGGUGAAGCUGAUCAGCUCGCAAAGGGGGUCAAUUUAUUAGUCGCUACACCAGGCAGGCUUUUGGACCAUCUACAAAAUACCAAGAGUUUCAUGUACAAAAGUCUAAAGUGCCUUGUAAUUGAUGAAGCUGAUCGUAUACUUGAGCAAAACUUUGAGGAAGAUAUGAAACAAAUAUUUAAACGCCUUCCUCAGAACAGGCAGACUGUUCUUUUUUCUGCUACACAGACUCCAGAGGUUGAAAAUUUUGCUAAGUUGUCAUUUGAGAAAAAUGAAGAACGUAAAGAAAAACCAGUUUAUGUUGGAGUUGAUGAUGAUAAAUCAAAGGCUACUGUUGAAGGUUUACAGCAGGGCUAUUGUGUCAUUUCUAGCGAGAAAAGGUUCCUGGUUCUGUAUGCUUUCCUCAAAAAGCAGCAGUCAAAGAAUAAGAAGGUCAUGGUGUUCUUUUCAUCAUGUAAUUCAGUCAAAUUCCAUGCAGAACUUCUGAAUUUCCUUCAGAUAGACUGUUCUGAUAUCCAUGGGAAACAAAAGCAGCAGAAACGAACUACAACAUUCUUUAGCUUUUGCAAGGCAGAAGAGGGCAUCUUAUUGUGCACCAAUGUGGCAGCACGUGGACUUGAUAUCCCUGAUGUGGAUUAUAUUGUACAAUAUGAUCCUCCGGAUGAACCAAAGGAUUACAUUCACAGAGUUGGUCGUACUGCACGUGGUGAUAAAGGAAAAGGAAGAGCAUUACUGUUCUUACUACCACAAGAAUUAAAGUUUAUCAUUUAUCUGAAGGCGGCCAGGGUUACUCUGACAGAAUACGAUUUCAAUGAAAAGAAGGUGCCAAACUUGCAAUCACACCUCGAGAAUAUUGUUUGUGAGAAUUACUUCCUAAACCAGUCAGCAAAAGAAGCCUACAGAUCCUAUGUUUUGGCAUACGACUCACACUCUAUGAAAGACAUUUUUGAUGUCCAUCAACUAGAUCUGAAGAAAGUAGCAGCAUCUUUCUGCUUCCGGAACCCUCCAAAAGUGAAUCUCGGCCUGGAGAGCAGUGCAUCGAAACAUCGGAGGAAAAUGAGGAGAGUGGAUGGUGGGAAGAGGCAUGGUAUCGGACCUUCGAAUCCUUACGGAAGGAAAGACAGAGACGGUGAUGAUAAACGACAGUUCGCAAGAUUCUAAAAAGGAAGAGCCUUUUCAUGGGGUUUAACUGCCCGUGGCAAUUGCGUUGUGUGUUUACAUCAGAGUUACGAAGUCACCUGGCUUCUGAAAUUUUUGUUAGGUUACUUGAUAUUAUAAACGGAUGAGAUUUUAAGUUUCGAAAGGGAUGAUCGCUUCAUUUUA